AUUGACAGAUGACGCCGCGCUUCCAACAACGCCUAAAAAAGAUGGCGGCAUGAUUUUUGUGGGGGCAUUGAGGCCGCACGGUGUUUUUUCAUUCGGACAGAAAAUAUCAAUAAUUUGUGCUUGCAAAGUGUUCAAAAGUCUGCAUUUUCGCGUGUCCGUGGCGUGGACAAGCAAUUAAACAUGGGUGCAUACCUGUCGGAGCCGAUAACUGAGAAGAAUUCCUGCGAUGAAGAGAAUGAAUUGUUGGCGUGCGGGGCGAGUUGUAUGCAGGGCUGGCGAAUAAAUCAAGAGGACGCCCACAAUUGUUUGUUGAAUUUCGAUCGGGAUACUUCAUUUUUUGCCGUUUAUGAUGGGCAUGGGGGCCCUGAGAUUGCACUGUACUGCAGUCAGAAGUUGCCGGAGUUCCUGAAGAAUACGGAAGCGUAUAAAGCGGGGGAGAUGGAGAAGGCGUUGAAGGAUGCUUUUCUGGGUUUCGAUGAUACUCUGCUGCAGCCGGAAGUGAUUGAGGAGCUCAAACAGUUGGCUGGGGAUAAGUAUCCGGAGCAUGAGGAGGAAACGGAGACGGAUGAUGAGGAGGAUCUGGCGGAAUUGUGUCAGGAGAGUCGAAUGCCACUCACGGAGGUCCUGGAGAAGUACAAGGAGGGCAAGGUUGAAGCUGGACCCGUGGCGAGGUUGAAGGGGAAGGAACAGAAGCCACUGUCACCGUUUUUGCGAGCAGCCCAGAAGAGUGAUGGACCUGCAGCGUCUUCGAGUAGCUCAGGAGGAGGAGCUUCGGGAAGUAGUGGCCAGGGAUCGUCUGGAUGGCGUCCAGUGAGGAAAUUGGAGGCAGAAAUAGACUCAACGGUGAGCAGUUCGAGCACAAUGGAGAAGACAGAGGAGCCACCGCCGGAGACCAAUGAAGUGUCAGAGUGUGAAAGUGUAAACAAUGGCAAAGAGAGCUACAACAGUCCCGAUUCCUCCUCAUCCUCCUCGACUGUGCGCAAGAGUGUCGAUGUGCAGGAGCCAGAGAAGCCAGGCAGCAGUACAGAUCAGGUCACGAGGCCGCCAGCAGAUGUCAAGAUACCGAAUGGCGAAGGUGAUGAAGAUGGUGUCUCAGCAUCAAGUUCCAAGGCAACAGCAUCAGCCGCAGGGAGUCACCAGGAGCCAGAAAUAUCGACAAAUAGUGGCAAGGGAGAGGGAGUCUCGAGUUCAUCGUCAGCUGUGCAGGAGAAUGGGGAGGUUAGUAGCAACAGCGGUGGAUGCUCAAGUACCAAUGAUCGUUUGCCCAAAAGAUCAGCAGCUCCGUCACACAUCCCAACAGAUCCCAAUACCUCAUCCUCAGACUCAGAAGAUGACAAGGAUGAGACGUACAAUGAGAAUAACUCCAGCACAGAGGAAGUCGGGGAGGAAGACAGUGAAAUGGAGGAGGAGGAGGAGUACAAUUCAGAGUAUGAGGAGGGCAGUGAUGAGGAUGAGGAGUGUGCCCAUGAAGAAGUCGAUGAUACAUUCAUGAAUAACAUGAUUGAGGAACCGGGCAAGGAUAGUGGAUGCACGGCUGUUGUGGCACUGCUCUGUGGUCAGGAUCUCUAUGUGGCGAAUGCAGGAGACUCAAGGUGUGUCGUCUGCCGAGAUGGCAAGGCCAUAGAGAUGAGUUUCGAUCACAAGCCAGAAGAUGAGAUUGAACACACAAGGAUCACCAAUGCCGGCGGCAAAGUCACCAUCGAUGGUCGUGUCAAUGGAGGACUCAAUCUCUCCCGAGCAAUUGGUGAUCAUGCCUACAAAAUGAAUUUCGAACUCCCACCGGAUCAGCAGAUGAUCUCGGCUCUGCCGGACGUCAAGAAGAUCACACUGACGCCAGAGGAUGAAUUCAUGGUGUUGGCUUGCGAUGGCAUCUGGAACUUCAUGUCCAGCGAGACGGUGGUGGAGUUUGUGAAGCAGAGACUGGAUGAAGGAAGAGACAGAAUAUCUCAGAUUUGCGAAGAGUUGUUCGACAAUUGUCUGGCAAAGGACACAACGGGCGAUGGCACCGGAUGUGACAACAUGACAGCCAUCAUCGUGAAAUUCCCGAAGGGCGAUGCGCGCAAGGAGGCAGCAGCCGGCGAGGAGACGAGCGAAGUUGUGGUGUCCAGCAAGAAGAGGUCGGCGUCUCCGGGCGCCAAGGAGGAGGCCGAUGGGGCGAAAAGACUAAAGACUGAUGAUGAAUUUCCGGAAGCUGUUGUUGUGGACACAAAUGUGGACCAAGUCAGCUCCACGUGAAUUUGUCAUUUGCCGAAGAAUGAGAUUCUCGCUGGAUUUUCCGCGUGAAGUGAAAGAAAAUGGAUGAGAAUUUGAGACGAUUGACAGAAAGGAAGCAAAGGAAAAGAAAAAAUGGACAAUGUCCUUAGGCAAAAUCUGUCUGAGUGGACUUUUUAAUUGAAAAAAAAAAACAAGAAAACUUUUCAAAGAGGAAAAGGAAAAAACAUUAUAAAUUUUAGAGAAAAAAAAAACAUGGAAAAAAGAGUAAUUUAAGAAACACGUUUUACUUUCAAAUGAGAAAAGUUACAAUUUUGUCAUACAUUCAUUUAGUGAACAGAAUUGCUAAAAAAAAAUAUUCAUUAAUGUUUAAUUUUACAACAAAAAAAAAAUGUUUAUCAGAAGACGAUCCGAGAAAUUUCGUGAGUAAUUUAAUUGAAUAAAAAUCAAUGAACAAA